UGUUGUGUGUCGCACACACACCGCGGCUGAUGAUCACACGCAGAAAGCUGCUCUACAGGCUCCUCUUGAUUCCUGUGGUGGCUCCUGGCAGUGUUGCUCAACCUGCCCAGUGUUUGAAUGGAAAGUGUGUUUGCAGCGGGGUAAAAUGUAAAAGCCAACGGCACGCGCAAAGUGCGUCCUGAGAGGAGGGGCCUUUUUUUUUUUCUUCACGAGGAGAGCCAGCAGUGAUGGAUCCAGAGGGCGAGGGGAAGCCAAAGACCUUCGUGUCUACUUUUCGUUUGGCCCUCAAGCCUCAAGCCAGAAGUGUCUGCGUGGAGAAGCAAAGAGAAGAUGGACCGCAGGCGGCCAAUGGGACGUUCAUGGGAAACAAUAAACUGGGAGUCACAUCAGCAACAGGCUCCCGGCCAAAAGACGGCCAGGCGGCCCUCGCGGCGCCUCACUUCAGCGAAGCCCUCGGGGAGUGUUCGGUCGGCGAAGGAAGGGAUGCUUCUUUUCAAGGGGUCAUCGCGGGAAGUCGACCUCUGAGCGUUUCCUGGCUACACGAUGGAAAGAGGAUGGGCUCGAGAAAUACUUCCUUCCAAAAUGGCGUCGCCACUCUGACUCUGACUCAGUGCUCACGUGGCGAUGUUGGGACGUACACCUGCGAGGCCGAGAAUACGGCUGGGAAAGCGUCGAGCAGCGGCGUGUUACAUGUCACGGAAACAAAGGAACUCCUUGGAACGAGCAGCCGUGACCGGCACAGCGACGCCACAUGCCAGGUCGGGUCACCCGAAAACAUUGAAUUAUCUUCAGCUUCUGAAGAGAGACGCCAGCACAGAGAGGGAGAAGACCAAGUUCCUGCAGCACACCUGCAAGCAAAAGUCUCCUCUCGUGCAGGACCUCCUGUGGAGUUUGUAGACCCCCCAGAGCUGGUGCGGGUUCGAGUCGGGGAGCAGGUCCGACUCUGCUGCACGUUCAGGAGCAGCUGCGUCCCUGUGGCCUGCUGCUGGAUUUACAAAAAGAACAAGGUGGUGGCCCCGGGGCCGAGGAUCUCCGUCCGCAGCAGUGAGACGCAGAGCGUCGUAGAGAUCUCUGGGGCCUGCCCGGAGGACACCGGCUCGUACACCGUCAUAGUGCGAAGCGCGCACGGCUCGGCCCAGCACACCAUCCCGCUCAGCGUCAUCGACCGGCCCGCCCCACCUGCCUCCCAGCCCGUUAUUUCCCAGCUGUGCACCGAGUCGCUGGUCCUCUCUUGGACGGGUCCCAGCUACGACGGAGGCACGGCCGUGCUGGGCUACAAGGUGGAGGUCCGAGAGGAGCGGGACGAGCCCGAGAGCUGGACCGUGGUGACGAGCCUUUGCAAAAACACGUCCUACCACGUGCGCUCGGGCCUGGGGCCUCUGGGCAGGUACCGCUUCCGCGUCCGGGCCUACAACGCCGCAGGGGUCAGCGAACCAAGCCAGGAGUCACAGUGGGUUAAGAUGGCGACUAAAAAAGAAAAGAAGAAGAAGACGGAAGAGCCCGAGUUGUACGUCACAGUGACCAUUGACACCAAAAACAAGGUCAAAGACUUCUACAAUGUGCAUGAGAAGCUGGGAGUCGGGAAGUUUGGCCAGGUGUUCCGGAUGACCCACAAAGACACGGGUCACGUGGUCGCAGGGAAGUUCUACCGAGCCCGAACCUCCAAGGAGCGAACCGCUGCUCGCAAAGAGAUGGCGGUGAUGAACCGCCUUCACCACCCGAAACUGGUCCAGUGCCUGGCUGCCUUUGACACGCGCGCCGAGGUGGUCAUGGUCUUGGAGUAUAUCGCAGGCGGGGAACUCUUUGAGCGCAUCGUGGCCGACAACUUUGAGCACACGGAGCCCACUAGCGCCCGCUACAUGCAGCAGAUCCUGGAGGGCAUGCAGUACAUUCACAAGCAGAACAUCGUCCACCUGGACCUCAAACCGGAGAACAUCGUCUGUGUGGACCACACCGGUACUCGGAUCAAGAUCAUCGACUUUGGCUUGGCCAGUGAACUGGAGGAAGGAAAACCUUUACUGGUGAUGCACGGCACGCCAGAGUUUGUGGCCCCCGAAGUGAUCAACUAUGAGCCUGUGGGCCUGGAGACUGACUUGUGGAGCAUUGGAGUCAUCUGCUUCAUUCUGCUCAGCGGAGAAUCUCCCUUCCAGGGGAACAACGAUAAUGAGACUUUAGCUCUUGUGACUACCGCCCAAUUUGAGUUUGACGAGGAGAGUUUUGAGGACAUCUCUGAUGCCGCUAAAGACUUUAUCGGAAACCUCCUGAAGAAAGACCGCAGAUGCAGGUUGUCGUGUGCCGAGGCCCUCGCCCACCCCUGGAUGGUCUCGUUCACACCAAUGAACCGCAGACCCACCAAGUCCCUCAAUAAGGGGAAGAUGAAACACUUUCUGGCCAGACGCAAGUGGAAGAAAACUGGUAAGGCUGUUUUGGCCCUACAGCGGAUGGCUAAUCUCUCAAACAGGCCAGACUCUCCUUGCGGCUCCACAGAGGAGCCAUGCUGGAGCCAAGAGGCAGAGCAGGCCAUCCAGUCUCUGGAUAAGCAGCUUCAGAGGGAACCUCGCUUCCAGCAGGUCCUGAAGGACACCACCCUGCCCAGAGGAGCAACGGCACGGCUUACGUGCCUCGUCAACGGUUACCCGCGGCCGGAGACAAAGUGGCUUCAGAAUGAGAAGCCGGUGUCCGGGUCGUGCAGAGCGAGAGUGGAGCAGCACGAAGAUGGGCUCUGCUCUCUGGUUCUGGCCGAGCUGCGGCCUUCCGACUCGGGGGUUUACGUGUGCAGGGCCAGCAACCCGCUGGGGGAAGCCAUGUGCUCGGCCAAACUGACAGUGGAGAUGUGAUAUUUUCCUUAAUUCGUAAAGGAGACCUGUGUUGGGUUUGGUCCGUUGUUCGCUCACACAUAAAAAGGUGAUUUAUAAUAAUUUCAAGUCAAAAGGGCCACUGCCUCACGAGGGGUUGGAUAAAAUGGGUUUGGACACCUGGGAAUCCAUUUGGGUCUUUCCAGCGUUCAGUUACUCGUGUGACACUUUUUUUUUUUUUUUCUUCCCAUCAAUGUGUAGUUGGCAUGUUAAACAACAAUGUUGCAUAGAAACAAGGUGAUAUAAUGACACUGUUCACUUAAAGUCACAUGUGUUUUUGUACAGUUAAAUGUUUUACACCAUUAAAGGCUGAAUUACAUAUUUUAUAUUUUAAUCCCUAACCUGUAUGAAAUAGUUUGGAUUUUUGUAAAAACAAUAAAAUACAUUUUAUGGUGUAAAAUCAGUUCCCUUUGAGGUCCACUAAAUUUCUAGAAGUUGUGCACGAGGAGUAUAUUAUCAGCAUUCAUUUGACUAUCCUUGCAAUAGGAAGGACCGGAUAAAUUAUUUUACUGUUUUAUGAUCAGCUUCA